AAUAGCAUUACACCCCCCCUUUAAGCAACAGCCCUGCUUCACUCCACGCUCCUGGCAGUACUACUACAGUGCAGUAGGUGGCGGUAAUGUUCCAAAAGAGCGAUCCGCCAGUAAACAAGAAGAAGAAACGCAGGAAAAUGUCUGAAAAGGACACUGAAACCUUUGACGUCUUGGAACUGGCAGAGCAUGUGAAGAAACAAAGGUGGUGGAACAAAAUGUUUGGCAAAAAUCAAUCUGGACCAGCUGCUGAGAAGUACUCUGUUGCAACACAGCUGGCCAUUGGAGGAGUGACUGGCUGGUGUGCAGGGUACUUGUUUCAGAAAGUUGGGAAGCUUGCAGCUUCAGCUGUAGGUGGGGGCUUCUUUUUGCUCCAGAUUGCUCAUCACACAGGCUAUAUUAAAGUAGACUGGAAAAGAGUUGAGCAAGAUGUGAAUAAGGCCAAGAAGCAGCUGAAGCUGAAUACAGACAAGCCCACUGCAGAAGUGAGAACAAAAUUUAAUGAGCUGAGAAGUCAGGCCAUGAUGUUUCGAUCUCCUUUUAGUCACACGUCUUCAUGUGAUACGAAUUCGCAGGUGCAGGUGUUUGUCAAGAAAAACAUUGUUCUCACAGGGGGCUUUGCUGGAGGAUUUCUGCUCGGCCUGGCUUCAUAGGAGCUCUCUCAUUGUUGUCUUCUACUCUGAGGAUGUCAUCUUACUAUAUAUACAGCAGAUCGCAGCUUUUGUCUGAUAUUGCAGCUUGUAUUUAACUCGGCAAUCCUUUAUUAGGUUUGACCUCUAAUUAAUAUGUUUAGGCAUGUUAUGAUGUGUUCAUAAGAAAAUAUCUAAACUUGCUAGAAGGUAUCAUGGCUCCAGUUUUUGGAUGUGCAAUGUUUUUUUAGUUUGUAUUUACCCCUGUUACAUUUGUUUAUUUGAACAUUUUGCUCUAUUAUUUUGGUACAAUCAAUGUCUGACAAAUAAGUUUAUUUAAACAUGUAAAUAGUUGCAACGUUUGAAAUCGCCCCUGUUAAAAUGCAUAUCUGAACUUGCAGAAAUACGGUUACUAAGCUGCAUUUAACUGUUCAACCUCAAGCUAUUUUUUGUAAUAAAUCAAGGCAUUAUUUAAAAGACCAAGGUCGAUCAAAAUUGAAAUUUUAACUGAUAAUGACAGAAAUGUUAAAAGUAAAUUGACAAUCAAUGCUG